AUGGUUUCCAAAAGAACGCUCUGAAGAGAAGAAAUGUCUGGGUAAAGUUCAGAUACACUCUCGGUUACAUAUCUGAUUGUCUUUGCCUGCACAAUAAUUACACGUUGAGAAGAGACUGAAACAAUCAUUCACCUGGACAAACUUGAGAGUUCAAUUCAAGCUUAUUUUACACGUGUGACCUGAUACUGGUUCGAUUUUGGAUGAGGAGAGUAUAUGCCAAAUGGAUAUAAAUGCAAAAAUUCGUAUGGUUGAAUUAAAAUCAAACGAAUGAUGACAAUUAAAACACCAUUGAAACUGUAGGUAAUUCAACCGUGGAACUGUUUCAAACCGAAUUCAUCAUGCGAAUAUUUUAAAGUCAAGGUAGGAGUUAAGGAAUACUGUGUAGGCUACUGGGUUAAAAUAAGGUUUUGUCGGGAUGAUGCGACUGCUAAACUACCUCUUGCUGGGCUACCUGACCUGGAAUCUACGGAUAUCAGACGCACAAGGGGAGUACUGCCAUGGGUGGCUGGACAGUAACGGAAAUUACCACGAAGGCUUUCAGUGUCCGGAGGACUUUGACACCAUGGACGCGACCGUGUGCUGCGGGUCUUGCUCCCUGCGGUACUGUUGCGCGGCUGUGGACGCACGGCUGGAUCAGGGAAGCUGUACCAACGACCGAGAACUGAAUAACACGGAGUUUGCAGCGCAGCCUAUCUACGUGCCCUUUCUGAUGGUGGGCUCCAUCUUUGUGGCCUUCGUGGUGGUGGGCUCCCUGGUUGCCGUCUACUGUUGCACCUGCCUGCGGCCCAAGCAGCCUACCCAGCAGGCUAUCCGCUUCUCGCUGCGCAACUGCCAGGGCGAGACCAUCCCCAUGAUCCUGACCACUGCGCCACCCGGCCUGCGCACCCCCUCGCGCCAGUCCAGCACGGCCACCAGUUCAAGCUCAGCUGGCGGGAGCAGCUCGGUGCGCCGCUUCUCCCUCGGAGGUCAGGGGCAGCAGCACGGGUGCUUGGUGUCGGCGUCUGCACCAAGCACCCGUGUCUUCACCUCCACACCCCAGCCGCUACUACCACCACCCCCUCCGCCCCCCUACACCUCCCCUGCAGCCUGCGUGCCAGGCGGCCGCCAGCACCCUCAUGCCCAGCUGCAGCUGCACCAGCCCAUGCACCCACACCAACAGCCUCACCUGGCCCAGGGCACAGGCUUCCUGCUGCCCCAGCAGUACUUCUUCCCCCUACAGCCGGAGCCCUUUUCCGGCGGGGCUAAGGGCUUUGCAGACUUUGGACAGAGCUGACGGGGCUUCCUUGGCAACGAGGAGGUGGAUUACAGGAGCACACUGUGGGACGUGAGUAGGGUCAUGUUCAUUAAGCACUAAACGGAAGAAAACAGACCGAAACAACAGGAAGGGACUACCUGUACCUGCCCAGUAUGAGUUUGUUUUAAAUCAGUGAACUGUACUGAACAUGACCCUGGUGUGUUUUGUGGACAGACACACAGUCAUCGGCUACCGGAAGGACUGCCCUGACAUGCACUGCAGUAGGCCUGUUGAAUGGAGACUGGGAGACAGGAGGCUGUGUUCAAGAUAAACCACGAGAAAGCUUCCUAGUCGAGCAGAGUACAUGAGAGUAUUGUCUCUCUAAAUUACAGGAAUGGAUUUCUGCUCAGAACAGACAGGACUGUUAAUUGGUCAAUAUUGUUUUCAAUGUUAUGCACUUUUUUAUAUAUACAUUUCUAUUGUAAACAAUAUUCUGUCUUCCCUUUCUCUUUUAAACACACUUUGGUUAAAUGGUGAUGUUAAAUUGUCACAACUUUUGUGGCAGCAACAUUAUUAAUAAGUGUUCUACACAUUUUGUUGCGAGCUGUUGGACAUUUAAUCAAAUUAUAAUUUUGACAAUUGCAAGCCCCUAUAAGAGGGGAAGGACUGACACCAAGUUGUGCAGUAGGGUGAACAAAGCCAAAGGAUGUACUGUGUGUACAGUGCUCACUGGCUGAACUAUAGGUUUGUUUAUAUUUAAUGAUAAUAUUAGUCAACACCAGUAUCUAAUUAGUAUUCUAAUGACUAAUUCUAUGAUUGUGAGUACUUGUCAUGCAAUGCUACAACUAGAAGACACUCAACAGUUGGUCAGUAUUUCCCGAAAA